CGGACGUGCUUUCUGAUUGGCUGAGGAGUCCGUGGCCGUUGGGGCGGGAAAAAGCUGUGGAGGGUUUGAGGCUGUGGUGGUAAUUGGGUUUUCCUCAGACGUGAGGCGACGGCACACUCAUUGGAAGGGGACGAGGAAUCCAGGGUGUGGCAGAAGACUGGAGAGGAGCUAAGGGGGUCGGUAUGUGGAUCCAGUGAACCUGUCCAGGUGUACCAAGAGGCUCGUGAAUAUGGACGGACCCAUGAGGCCAAGAUCGGCCUCCCUCGUUGACUUUCAGUUUGGAGUUGUCGCCACAGAGACGAUCGAAGACGCCCUGCUUCACUUGGCCCUGCAGAAUGAGCAAGCAGUGCGGGAGGCUUCCGGGCGGCUGGGCAGCUUCAGGGAGCCCCAGAUCGUGGAGUUUGUUUUUCUCCUGUCUGAACAAUGGUGUCUGGAGAAAUCUGUGAGCUACCAGGCUGUAGAAAUCCUAGAAAGGUUUAUGGUAAAACAGGCAGAGAACAUCUGCAGGCAAGCCACAAUCCAGCCAAGAGAUAACAAGAGAGAGUCUCAGAAUUGGAGGGCUCUGAAACAGCAGCUUGUCAACAAGUUUACUCUCCGUCUUGUGUCAUGUGUUCAGUUGGCCAGCAAACUUUCCUUCCAAAACAAAAUAAUCAGCAACAUUACAGUCUUGAAUUUCCUCCAGGCUCUAGGCUAUCUACACACUAAAGAAGAACUGCUGGAAUCAGAGCUUGAUGUUUUGAAGUCCUUGAACUUCCAAAUUAAUCUGCCUACUCCCCUGGCAUAUGUAGAGACGCUCUUAGAGGUUUUAGGAUACAAUGGCUGUUUGGUUCCAGCCAUGAGGCUGCAUGCAACCUGCCUGACACUGCUUGACCUGGUCUAUCUUCUGCAUGAACCCAUAUAUGAGAGCCUGUUGAGGGCUUCAAUUGAGAACUCCACUCCCAGUCAGCUGCAAGGGGAAAAGUUUAUUUCAGUGAAGGAAGACUUCAUGCUGUUGGCAGUAGGAAUCAUUGCAGCAAGUGCUUUCAUCCAAAACCAUGAGUGUUGGAGCCAGGUCGUGGGGCAUUUGCAGAGCAUCACUGGUAUUGCCUUGGCAAGCAUUGCUGAGUUCUCUUAUGCAAUCCUGACUCACAGCGUGGGAGCCAACACUCCGGGGAGACAGCAGUCUAUUCCUCCCCACCUGGCAGCCAGAGCUCUGAAGACUGUUGCUUCCUCUAGCACAUGAGGGAGGCUGAAUCCACCAAAUAUAAACAGCCUUCCGUCACUGCACUCAUGCCUCCCUCUGUUUACUUUCAUACUAAGGGUACAAAAGUUCCAAGUCUCUUUUGAACUGUAUUUUGUUUGCCAAUUUCAUGCUUAUUUUUUCUUUAUCAGAGAGAGUUAAGGUGGACGAGCAUGCCCUUUUUGUCAUAUCAGCCUGAAAAUGUUAAAAAGCUAGAUGGAGACAGAUUAGUUGUUUCAUUUUUGUUUAACAAGAUAUUUAUACUUUUAGCUUAAUUUCAUUAAGAGGAACAUCAGGCAUUGCGAUCAGUAUUAAUCAGGGGCUCACCCAGACUAUCUGGGUGACCUUGACUAAGCAUCAAGGAGGUAGCCUUUAUUUGCCCUUAAAAUUAGUUUAACAUCUCUGUUCCAUUAUUCAGAUCUAUACAAACAGGGCUUCCUCAACAGCUAUGUAUUUUUACUAGAGUCUUUUUUUAAAACUAAAACUAACUCUAAACAUGUUUCAACAGAAUUUCCACAUACCUGCAUUCAUUAGAACUUGAUUCUCCCAGAAUACAAAGUACUCUAUUUUAAAGAAAAACCCAACAGUGUGCCCCUGGGCAGUUUUCAGACUGCAGCAAAUCUUUUAUUACAAAUAAUUAAAUCUCUCCAUAAUGUCUCAAACAGUAUCAAACACCAUUUCAUAUCUCUAACACAGAGCAGAGUCGGCAUUCAGUAUAAGAACCGAGUGAGAAGUGUUAAAUUUCAAGCAUCUGAUCACAUCGCAUGGUGACCAGGUAAAGCUUAGAUGUCAUUUUCCCACAUUAUCCAACUGUGCAUCUCAAACAUAUCCUUGCCUCAGUAAAGACAAAAGUUUCUAUUUCAUAUUGUUAAGUGCAGGAAGUUGAGAGAGAUUAAAAUCCAGUGAAAACACAUCAAUCUCAAUUCAACUCAGUUAAAAAAAAAAAAAAGCAAAUUUAAAUUAGUUUUUUUCAGAGAAGAAAGGGAAAGGAGUCCAUGGGGUUAAGAGUCAAAACUGUGACAAGGGCUGGCAGCUAUACACGGCAUGUUGUAGCUCUGGAAAGUAUCUGUCACAUGAUAUUUUAAAAUAAAGUGGCUUUUGUGGA